GGGCUUUGCGCCGCCCGCUUCCCGCAGAGGAGGCGGCCGCUGCGGCGGAUGUCCGGCCCGGCCAUGGCGCUGCCGGAGGCGGGAGCCCGCGGGCGGCUCCUGCGCUGGCCUCGCGUCCUCCUCUUCGGAGACUCCAUCACUGAGUACUCCUUCCAGGAAAAUGGCUGGGGGGCAUACCUUGCUGAGAGACUGGUCAGAAAGUGUGAUGUUGUGAACCGUGGGAUCUCGGGGUACAACACCAGAUGGGCUAAAUUGAUUCUUCCAAGACUGAUCACUGAAAGUACUAGUGCUGACAGUAUUGCUGCAGUUACUAUUUUCUUUGGAGCUAAUGACAGUGCUUUGAAAGAGCUGAACCCCAAGCAGCACGUUCCCCUCGAGGAGUACGCCGCCAACCUGCGCAGCAUGGUGCAGUACCUGAAGUCAGUAGACAUUACUGCCGACAGGAUUAUUUUGAUAACACCACCACCUCUUCAGGAAUCAGCAUGGGAAAAGGCAUGUCUUGCCAAAGAUAGAUACCAGAGCAAGGGAGAGAUGGGAAGCAGGAGGAUGGUGAUGUUCACAGGAGCAUUCAGAGGUGACAAACUGAACCGCUGCAAUGCCACCACCGGGCAGUACGCCCAGGCCUGUGUCCAGGUCGCCAGGGAAUGCGGCACGGACGUGCUCGACCUCUGGACCCUGAUGCAGAAGAAUCAGGAUUUCUCUUCCUAUUUGUCUGAUGGUCUUCAUUUAUCAACAAAAGGCAACAGCUUUCUGGCAGCUCAGCUUUGGUCACACCUGGAAAACAAACUGUCUGCUCUUCCUUCUCUGCUUCCUUAUUGGCGUGACGUGGACCACAUGAACCCCGAGGCCAGUCUUCUGUGACAGCCCUGCAGGGAGGAGCCGGGGCAGCCAGGCCAGGCAGAGCCAGCUCGUUAUGCAGCAAGGUGCUGCAAACUGUAUCCUCAGGGAACACGGCACUGGGGAGUCCCCAGCAAUGCUCUUCUCUGUCCCCUUCUCUUGGUCUGGGGGAGAAUAAAAGUGAGACCACUU